UUUACAUCUGCAAUUCGAUUUCCUGCUUGAUCUGCUUUUCACAUUUCACUCAAAAGCCUUGAAAGGACUUUAAAACAAGGAAAAUGGUGAGAAAAACAAAAAGGAAACCUGUUCGUAGACCACAGUCUGGAAAUGUGGAUAAUGCUGAAAUUCCUGACAAUUCUGAUGGAGUAACUGAGGCAUCUUCAGCAGAUAUCACUCUAAAAGAAGAUCAGAAACCAAAACAAAAGUCUACCAGAAAAAGCAAGAAAAGUAACAAGAUGAAAAAACCUGUUGAGAGCCCUGAUACAAAACCAGAUCGGCAAGAUGGAGACCAUAAUGGUCCUUAUCUUUGUGAUCUUUGUCCUUCAAUUUUAAAGAACAUUAAGUCUUUUAAAGAACAUCAGAGGUCUCACAAAGAGAAAACUCAUAAAUGUAAAGAGUGUGGCAAGCUCUUUAGGUAUGAGAGUGUACUAAAAGAGCACUACCUUAUGCACACAGGUGAAACCCCCCACAAUUGCCCUCACUGCCCAAAGAAGUUCCGAACAAAGAGUAAUAUGCAAAGACAUUUGAUUACCCAUGGAGUAGUCUCAAAAGCACGUUCAUUAUAUAAAAGUCAGUGUGAAAUAUGUGGAAAAAUUUUGCGCCUGUCAUCAAAUUUGAACGCACACAGAAGAUCACACCAAUUGGAAAGACCUUUCCCUUGUGAGCAGUGCGGGAAACAGUUCAAAACAAAAGCACAUCUGGGGAUUCACAUGGCCAACCAUCUCGAAGUUGAACCAUUUGAAUGUGAAGAGUGUGGUAAGAGAUUUCGUAACAAGUCAAACUAUCGAAAACAUCUUCUAAUUCACAAAGGAGACAGAUGCUUCAAGUGUAACAUUUGUGACUGGACUUUUGUUAGAAGGGAUCAGUUGAAGAUGCAUUUACGGACUCAUACAAAACUGUUCUUCCAGUGUUUGAUAUGUGAGAAGCAGUUUAAAACUGAGGCCUAUUACAAGAUGCAUUUGUCUCAGCACACCACAGGGAACACUUUUCAAUGUGAGAUCUGUGAUAAAUUUUACAGUAGCAAUUCUAACUUGAAAAUGCAUAUGAAAAAAUGCCAUAAAUCUGCAUCAUCCAGUUUGAAUGACAACCAUGCCGUCGAUGAAAAGAAGAAAGAAACAUUAGUGACUAAACCAAAGGAAGAUGGUAAAGAGCAAUGCAAAGAAAAUGUCAUCACCAUUUUGUUUUGGAAAGGAAAGGAUAAUGGUGGACCUAUUAGAAAAUCUGUUGAUCAAGACCUUCUUGAGCAAGUAGCAGAAAGUAAUGACUCAGAAAUGCAAACUGUGGAAGAAAACACAAGUUCAAAUGAAUGUGCUGAUAUUGAACAAAAGUCCAUAGAAAUUGCAGCUAAGUUUUGUGCUGAAACGUCAACCUACCAUGUGCAAGAAAAUACAGAAGAUGCACAGAUGAGUGAGAUGACCCACCUUGCUUCCGAAACAGCUACUGGUAUAGGUCACUUGCCUGAAAAUUCAGAGGAUACAGAGAUUGUAAAACUUUCUGCUGAUUCAUCUGCUGCCAGCCAUUUGUCAAAAAUACCAAAGGCUGCUGAAAUGGUCAAAUUUGUUUAUGCAACUUCAAGUACUGUGAUAAAAAAUAUAAAGGAUGCAGAAACAGUCAAAUUUUCUGAUAAGAUAUCUGCAAGUCUGCCAGAAAAAGCAAGAUUACAGACUUCUGAAGCAGUAAUCCCCACUGGAACACCAAACAUUAAUAAAGAAGAGAAGAAUGCUGGCAUUGAGUACUGUUAUGAAGACAAAGCUGAAAGUGCUUUCCUGGUAAAUGCACAUCAUAUUAAAGAAGAAAAUGAUGCAAAUGAUAUGGAGGAAGAAAGUGAUAUACUGGUUCAAAAAGGCACCACCGAAAAUGGAAUUGAUCAAAACUCCCCCCAGGGUGAUAGCAUAAAAUGCAUUCGGUUAUUUGUUGAUGGUCAGGAAAAUUCUCUACCUAGCUUGGAAUCUGUAGACGAUCAACAUUCCUAGUUGUUUCAAGAAUCUCUUCAUUUUCAUACAGUUCAUGCUUUAAAUACGAGAUGCCACCAGCUUUUCUCCAUGUGUGUAUAUGCGUACAAUAUUAAAUAGCUUAGAUUUUAACUGGUCAUUACUGUCAACUUGGGAAGAUGUCAUUUGGAAUUGGAUGUUUGCUUGUAUAAAGCCUCUUUAUGCAAACAUGCUUUUUUAAGAUGUUUAUUCUAUGAGAAAAAUGUGAAUUUGGAAAACUUUUUCUUUGUUGUACAGUUCUACUUCUUUUACAUGUAUUGUCAUUAUUUAAAAGUUCACAGAUUUAGAUGUAGAAUUUGAAUAAUAUAGCAGAGCUGCGUGUAAUAUUUUUCACAAAAUUAGUGAACUACUUUAUCUACAAAUUAAAGUUACUGCUUUAUACAUGUACAGUACUAUAAACACACUUGAUCAUGUAGAUAAAUUAGAACAUGUACGGUAAUUAUAUUGUUGUAGCUUUUUUGCACCUGAUUUUGUCCGCUAGUUCAUGUACAUGCAAAUAUACAUGUACAUGCAAUUUUAUACAAUUACCGGUAAAAAAAUACUGACUGGAAUUGUAUAAAACAUUUACAUUGUUCACAGCUUUCAUGUAUACAUGAAAAAUGUUUGACAAAUGAAAAAUUAACAAAUAGCAUAUCAAAGUGUUUAUUUUUCAUUUUUCAAACAUUUUUCGUAUUUGUCAUUGCUUAGCUUGUUAUCUUUAAAGAAAUAUUGAAGACGUUAUUUUGAGUAACAACUUCCAUCAUAAGAGCAUCCCUGGGAAAUAUUGUGAAACGUUGAGAAACUGAUCAUGCUUUUGUUUUAUUUUUAUGCAGCAAAAGUCCUUGAGUGCAUCAUUGAUGUGAUUAAAAUGUAUGAAAUUACUUUUUUUUAAACUGCUUGUUUAGUCAUCAAUUAAACCAGUGUAUUAACCCACACCAAAGAUGAUACUGUUGCUUGGACUAUCAGUAACCAACUGUCAGAGGUUCAGGUUUGAUUUUGUUGCCAUGUUGUUCAUUGGAAGCAUCAAAGACAUGACGUUUGUUACAAAUUGUGUUUAGAUAUCAAAGACACCACAGUAAAUGUAUUGAUACUAUGUACAGCACAAUCUGAUGUUUUUGGAUUUAACAUUGAAAGGAACCUUUUAUCUGAUAUAUGUCAAGAAAGCAAUCCUACAUUGACUACAAUAUGUGUUGGUACAAUAGAUAUAUCUGUCAACGUUUGGUGUUCAUGUGUGCCGAAAUUGUGUGAUGCUCGGCUGGCACAGGUUGUGGCUGAAUAGGAGAAAAAUGAUGGUUCAAUUAAAGGGUAUAUAUACUUUAUAGAAAUUCUGUACAGGUUUAAAGUGAUUCAUUUGGUGUAACACUUCUACAUAACAUUGAUGAUAACAUGGACAAAAAAAAAUGAAUUAUGUAAACAUUUCAUUACUUAUCAACUUUUUUUUUUGAUAAUUUUACAUACUUAAAAUAUAGUUACCCAUGGAUGUGUAAUCUUCAAUUAAUUUCCUUUUGUUUAUAUGAUAAUAAAGCAAUUAUAAACUAA